AUGGAUGCUGCCUUUGCUAGGUCAUAUGCUCUUGAAUCCACUCUUUCUUCUGGCACAACUGCACUUGUUGCUCUAAUCUUCGGGAGGUCCCUCCUCGUUGAAAAUGCUGGAAAUAGUCGGGCAGUUCUCUCUCGAAAUGGAAGAGCUCUUGAUAUGUCAAACGACCAUACACCAAUCUACAACAAAGAAAGGAUUCGGGUUGAAUCCUUAGGUGGCUUCAUUGAAGACGGCUACUUGAACGGCCAAUUAGCCGUCACGCGAGCUAUUGGUAACUGGGACAUGAAAGGGCUCAAAGAAAUGGGCGACGACAUCAGCCCAUUGACAGCUGAACCAGAGCUCAAACUCAUAACUCUAACCAAAGAAGACGAGUUUUUGAUCCUUGGAAGUGAUGGGAUCUGGGACGUGAUCAGUAGCCAAAACGCAGUGGACUUUGUGAGGCGGCAGCUGCAGGAGCACAAUGACAUCAACAGGUGUUGCAUGGAGUUGGCAAAAGAAGCUUUAAGGAGAGGGUCAUUUGACAAUUUGACGGUGGUUAUUGUGUGUUUUCAUCCGGAACCGCCAUCACAAGUGGUGGCACAGAGGCGUGCCAGAGUCAGCCGGACCUUUUCUGCAGAAGAGCUGCUGAAGCUGAAAUCCUUUCUGGAAGAAAAAAAAUAG